GCCGCGCUUAGCGCCAGGAGCCGCGGCUGGAGCCGGGUCCCCCCGAAGGAGCGGCGCGGGAGCCGGUGCCCACCGCCGGAGGGGCGGCGACGGCUGCAGGAGCGACCUCGGGGAGGCGAGCGAAGCCGCGAUGGCCGAGUUCCCGUCUAAAGUGAGCACGCGGACCAGCAGCCCCGCACAGGGCGCUGGGGUCUCGGUCUCGGCGCUGCGCCCCGACCUGGGCUUCGUGCGCUCCGUCCUCGGCGCGCUCAUGCUGCUGCAACUGGUGCUGGGGUUGCUGGUGUGGGCCCUGAUUGCUGACACUCCGUACCACCUGUACCCGGCCUACGGCUGGGUGAUGUUCGUCGCUGUCUUCCUCUGGCUGGUGACAAUCGUCUUCUUCGUCCUCUACCUGUUCCAGCUGCACCUGAAGUUGUACAGGGUGCCCUGGCCACUGGUGUUAAUGAUUUUUAACAUGGGCGCCACUGUCCUCUACAUCACGGCCUUCAUCACCUGUUCCGCUGCGGUCGAGCAGACGUCCCUGAAGGGCACCCGGCCGUACAACCAGCGUGCAGCUGCCUCUUUCUUUGCGUGUUUAGUGAUGAUCGCCUAUGGAGUGAGUGCCUUCUUCAGCUUCCAGGCCUGGCGAGGCGUAGGCAGCAAUGCAGCCACCAGUCAGAUGGCGGGCGGCUAUGCCUGAACCCCCUGUGCCAGGGCCCCCCUUGGGGCUGAAGGCUGUGGCCGGGUCACCGUGCAGGACGGCCCUGCAGCUCAGCCCAGAAGGGACUCCACGUGCUCCUCGCUGACCAUCAGGCCGGGGCUCACCCAGCACUCCUAAGGAAUCAGGAUCCUUCCUCCGGCUUGGCCCGUCGGCACACGCAUGGGGCGGAAAGAGGCCGACAGCCAAGACCUCCUCCUCCUCCUCCUCCUCAUCCCCCUUAUUCAGCAGAAGGUGACGGGGGACAUGGGGCUCACUGUCUCUGCUUUGUCUUUAGAGGACUUCAGGGUCCAAGGCAGGGCCCAGCCUUCCUACCAGCACUAAAUAUACUAACGAGGACUCAGAUCUGCGGCCCCUGACCCACUGUAGAAUAAGCCUAACAAGCAACAUGUAUUUAAUCUUCAUCAUAGUCUUUGUUCCCGGAGCGCUGAGCAAGCUCAAGAAACCAUUCUGACUCCUGAAAACACAAUUCCGACCCGGCCCUCCCCCAGACCAACGUGUGGCUCGUAGGGAGACGUUUCUGACAGCACGGUCUCCCUUUCCUGCAUCUCAGAUAUACCACUUAUUAAAAGCAGAUUGGUUUUAAGCAACUUCUCAGUGAUGGAAACCUAUCUCAAAGGCCCUUUCUGUAAUAGCCCCUUUGGGAAAAGCCAGCGUCAACACCAACUGCUUCUCUGACACUGAUUAGACGCGUGGGACAUGAAGGAGGGAGGGCGUCAUGACCUUGCUUGGUCAGUUGUCAUGUUCCUGGUGGUUACCACUGUUUUUAGUUUUGAGGGUUUUUUUUACAAAAAUAAAGAUGGAAGGACUUA